AUGAACAAUUUGUCUACUGGCGAAAACGUCAAUGAGAUGUUGACAUAUCUCUCACUUGUUAUGACCCAUGUCAGUUCGAAUAGAAGUUUUGCAAAAACUAUCAAAGGAGUUGCGAAACAAGGUGGUUGUGGUCUGACAGGAACCGUCGUUGGCGGUGUUGCAGCUGGUCCAGUGGGAGCUCUGGUUGGAGGUGUUGUGGGAUCUGUUGCAGGUUACUUCUGGUCUUCUGAUUACGACGGUAUUCUACAAUAUUACAACAAGCUAGAUGACAAUGAAAAGGCUCAGCUCGCAAGAGAGAUUCGCAGAACUGUUGGAGCAAAUCUUAUUACCGAUUUCUACAAAUGGUAUGAAAAACCUGCAAAUCAGGACACUGUUAACAAUUUGAUUUUAAUGGCUGUGGGAUUGGCAGCAGUUGCAGUUUCAAACUCAGCAAAUACGAACUGA